AUCUCUGUCAGAUCAAUGCCUAGCAUAAUAAAAAGUGACCUUAGGAUGGGUGAAUAUCGAAGAAUGACAGAAAAAAAGGCUAAUCACUUCCCUAAAAAUAAUUAGAGUGGAUAGAGACAAAGUGCUCCUUGGCCAUAACACCAAUGGUCUUCAUCGAAAUAUUUUGUUUAGCGAUGAGAAAAUUUUUACUAUUGAAGAGAAAUUUAAUCGCCAAAAUUAUAAUGUGUACGCUCACAACUCUAAAGAAGCCCAGGAAGUCAUUGGAAGAGUGGAAAGAGGUCAUCACCCUUCUUCAGUCAGUGAUGGUUUGGAGGCGAGUUGGCACCACAAAGCUCCAUUUUUCAGGAUUCCGAUCCAGCUCACAAGGCCAGGUCAACUUAGCAGUGGCUGCAAAAGAACAUUUCAGAGUUCAUCUCUGCCCGAAUUGGCCCUCAGGAAGCCCUGAUGUCAACCCAUCAGAUUAUUGGCUUUGGUUCGAACUGGAGAGGAUGGCAUGCACAUUCUAA